AUGCCCAACGCAUGCUACGCUUGCCGCCUCCGCAAGGUCAAGUGCGUGCCGCUGGGAGACCGCUGUGCGUUCUGCACCUCUAUCGACAUUCCCUGCACAACGUCGCCUCGACAGCGGCAACGGGCCAAGGGGGGUAGAAAGGCGGCGGCGGGUGGUGGUGCGUCGGGCACCGUUACACCACCGUAUGGUACGGGCACGACGUCGCCUCCCCAUCCGCAUCGUGGCAGCAGCAGCAGCAGCGAAAGCUCAUCAUCCUUCACGAUGGUACCCACAGCUCCACCUCGCUCAAACGCCGAACCCCAUAAUUUCUCAACCAUCUUCACCCAGCCAUCACCUAGUUCACGUCUCUUGGGCGUACCCGGUCUCUCACGCGCCGCACUCGACAGCUGCAUCCAGACGUUCUUCGCGACACUGGGCGAGGUCUUCCGCCUGUCCCAGCCCGAGAGCCAGUUCCUCCGCCGCGUGCAGGUGCACCUGUGCUGCGACUCUGGCCUGGAUAUCCCACCCGAGCUCGCCGACGUAGCCAACGACCCCGCCAGCCAGCUCCUCAUCCUCGCUGUUGCCUGCAGAGGUGCGCCCUUCAGCCCAUACUCGUUCCUAUCCGACGCCCUCAACGGCCAAUGCAACGCGGUGCUCAACGAGCCCGACAGCCUCACCAGCAGCCCGCUUGAUGCCAUCGAGGCCAUCUUGCUCUUGUCCGAGCAGUUUGUCCGGCCUCGCCAUGCUGAUGCCGGUCAGACCUCGUCGCCGACACUGCUCGACCCGCUGGGCAAGGGCACGGUUGUCGACCUCAUGUUCUACCACCGGCUCCACAUUCCCCCACCACCAGGAGUGCCCGACGCCGAGCGCCGUCUUGUGCUCUUCUGGACAGUGUUCGUCCACGACGCAAUCCGGUCGGCAAGCGCGCACACGUGCCACCGGAUCGCAGACGAGGACAUUGGAUGGCCGAUGGGCCCCGCGUCGGACAACAUGCCAUACAUGGCACUGGCCCUCAUCACGCGCCAGAUCUGCGCAAGGCUGCUCAGCCCACAGGCCAAGGCCAAUCCCCUCACCGACAAGCCCAUUCGCGACGCUCUCAGCACGCUUGACGAGUUUAAAGCCAAAAUGAAGGUCAGCCUCGCGACGUUGACGGCGGCGUGUCAAGCGAAGACGACUCCCGACGCAAGUGUGCCAGUCCACGCCAGUCGACCACUCCGCCCCGUCGAGCAGCUCUUCCUACUCAGCAUGCGGAACUGGCUCUACCUCGUCAUUCUGGUCGCUGUGCAGAACCAAGUGGAGCGACACCCCGGGCAGAUAUCCCCUUCGGUCAUCGCUAGCGUAGAGGCGGCCGCCAUGGCGGCGUGCGAGGACAUGUCGCAACUGGCCCAGCUCUCAACGGCGCACCAGCUGCACAUUCACGCCCCAAAGAGCAUCCGCAACCACAUGGCUGCGUUUAUUCUCUUCCUUAUCCGGACGUUUACUGCCAUCGAGACACCGACUGUCCAGCAGUCGUCCCACUACUUUGCGCUCGCAGAGACGCUCAACCGGGGCGUGCGCACCGCGUCGCUGUUUGAGGACUCUGCCCCGCUUGCCGACACGCUCCGAAUGGCAUUGUAUCAUGCCAGCAGCAUCGACAUUCAGGACGCAGCGAGGGUUGGCGAGCGGGGUCUUGAUGGUCUGCACGACCUUCACACCGCGACGCACCCGGUGAUGUCAGGUGCCAUGUCUGGUCGGACAUCAAAAGCGUCUUCGCCAAUUGCAUACUCGACUUUGCCCGAUCAGCAGCGACCUGCUGCCGACACAUCUCGCCCCUCUACAUCGACCUCACGCCCAUCCACGGCUCCGUCAUAUGGGCCGCCGCAAUUUUCGCCCGAACUCUCAAUCACUCCCAUCACUCGGCCCAAAGCCGCCAGUGUGCCCCCAGUCGACAUGCCACAUUCACUCUCAUCCACUACCCAGGCGCAUCACGCCGUAACAAUCUCACCCACCGCUUUUUCUCCACCCCGGCCGUCCUCAUCGUCAUCGCCAGGCUCCACUCCGUCGCUCCCCAGCCCCCAAUACUGGCCCCCUACCGCCGUCGGAGCGGUGGGAGCGGUCGGACCAUACCCUUCACCCGACACCCGCCUCUCCGCCAAAGUCCCACUCGACUGGUCGACGCUCAUGAGCACGUUGGAGGAGUGCGGGUUUGAGCUGGCCAUUGGGCCCGUGUUUUAA